AUGUCAUUUCAUCCUCUAACGUUUUUUUUGCAUUUUCAAAUUGUUUUACAGCGUGAAGUUUUAUCCAUUCAUGUGGGUCAGGCUGGAGUGCAAAUGGGAAACGCGAUAUGGGAACUCUACUGUGCAGAACAUGCGAUCGGUAUGGACGGUUUUCAGACAGCAAAACCAAUGGAACAAGAAUGUCAGUCCACUUUUUUUCAAACAUCUCCCCGUGGCCAGUGCGUUCCACGAUCCAUCUUCAUCGAUCUGGAAGCCUCCGUUAUAGAUGAAAUUCGUGUUGGUCCUUGGAGAAGAUUAUAUCAUCCAGAUAAAUUGAUCACUGGUUACGAAGAUGCCGCAAACAAUUUUGCUCGAGGGUUUUUCACCAUUGGAAAACUACUUAUCUCACCCAUUCUGAACGAAGUAAGGAAAAGUUUGGAAAGUUGUGAAGCCCCUCAGGGAAUUAUUCUCUACCGAAGUCUCGGAGGUGGUACUGGGGCCGGUCUGACUGCUGCCCUACUGGACGUCAUGUCUGACUACCGCAAACUGACCAAAAUUGAAAUCCCUGUCUAUCCUUCACCGUCGUUGUCCAAUUCUCUUGUGGAACCGUAUAAUAGCCUACUAGGUGAACAUUUUGCCAUGGAAGAUAUUCAGCUCGGUUUGCUUAUGGACAAUGAGGCUCUGUAUGAUAUUUGUUCUCGUUUUCUGGCCUUCACAACCACAACUUAUACUUCCAUUAAUCGUCUUAUCGCCCAGGCCACAAGUGCCAUCACAGCCUCUCUCCGGUUUCCCAACGUGCUGAACGGAGAUCUGAAUGUGAUCCAGACCAAUCUGGUCCCCUAUCCGCGUAUUCAUUUCCCGCUCAGCAAUUUCGCCCCGUGCAUCUCGCCCGAGAAGGCGGAACACGAAAUGUUGACCACGCGCGAACUGACACGUGCGGUGUUUGACAAAGAGAAUCAAAUGGUCAAGGUAGAUCCGACCUAUGGGAAAUUUAUGUCAUGCACCCUCCUCUAUCGGGGAGAUGUGAGUCCCAGUCAAGUGUAUCUGUCUUUGAUGGAGCUGAAAUCCAGUCGAGGAAUAGAAUUCGUCGACUGGUGCCCCACGGGAUUCAAGGUAGGAAUCAGCUCAUCGCCACCCGUGUCUAUUGUGGACAGUCGUGUAGCUCAGUGCGAUAAAAAUGUCGUCAUGUUGGCUAACAAUUCCGCGGUCGGUCAAGCGUGGCAACGUCUGACGCAUAAAUUUUAUCUGCUCUUUUCCAAACGCUCUUUUAUCCAUUGGUACGUGGGUGAGGGAAUGGAAGAGUCGGAAUUCAAUGAUGCACUGAUCAAUAUGACUUCAUUGGUCAAAGAUUACGAGGAAGCUUCGCUUGAUUCAAAGCCGGAAAAUAUGAUAGUUUGA